AUGAGCAAGCUGGGCAAGUUCUUCAAAGGCGGAGGCUCUUCCAAGAGCCGCGCGGCCCCCAGCGCCCAGGAAGCUCUGGCCCGACUUCGGGAGACGGAGGAGAUGCUGGGCAAGAAGCAGGAGUACCUGGAAGGCCGCAUCCAGAGGGAGCUCAGCCUGGCCAGGAAGCACGGCACGCAGAACAAACGAGCUGCAUUACAGGCCCUGAGGAGGAAGAAGAGGUAUGAGAAGCAGCUCACUCAGAUUGACGGCACACUUUCCACCAUUGAGUUCCAGAGAGAAGCCUUGGAAAACUCAUACACGAACACGGAGGUGUUAAAGAAUAUGGGCCUUGCAGCGAAAGCCAUGAAAGCCGUUCAUGAGAACAUGGAUCUGAACAAAAUAGAUGAUUUGAUGCAAGAGAUCACAGAGCAACAGGAUAUUGCCCAGGAAAUCUCUGAAGCAUUUUCUCAGCGGGUUGGAUUCGGCGGUGACUUUGAUGAGGUGGGUAGCACAGUGUAA